AGCUUAGCAGACAGAUACGGUGAACCGCCUAUCCCGGCUCCUGUAAGUGAUGCUGCACUGAGGCACACUUUGAUCCAACUCCAUUGGGGGGGACGAUGCGCGCUCUGCAUCCCUCCUGUAACACUUUCCAUGGAGUGUGUACAACCUCGCACCAGUCCAAACAAAUGCCGAUAAGAGAAAUUAGGCUGAAGUUUGCCGUUUUCCAUCAGCGGUGCAUUUUUGCGCUCUUGGAUUGAAGUUUUUACGCGCCGGUCACGAAGCGCGGCGACGCACACGUGUAAGUUUGGUGCCGCCGCGUCUCCAGCCUUGGCAAAAUAAAGUAGGGUGAGUUUGACGGCACAUGUAGGCUAGGGAUACUUAGUUCAUGUAAAACAAGCGUGGAUCAAUGCGUAUCUCCCGCCCGAGGGACUGCACGGUUGCCAACCCAAGAUAUCCGAAGAGGAAUUACAGCGUCACCUCCAAACAAAGUUGAUCGCUCUCCGUGAUGUUUUUUUCUCUUGCACACCAGGAUCACAGUUUUUAGCAAAUGGAUAAGUUUUUGUAGUGGAUAACAUUUUUUUUUCUCUUCAUUUGCACUGCAUUUUCACUGCCGCUUCUGAUGAGGAUCCCCCUUUCUCCCUUUCCCCCCUACUUCAGUUUAAUUCCUGGCACUUCUUUUUGUAAAUCAGUGAUGUCGCUACGUGACGGGACUUGCGAUUGAUUUUUCAUCCUAUUCGAGCGGAAAAAGCAUUGCUAGAAGUGAAGUGUCCACCCACUCUUGAUUAUGGACUUAGCAGGUCAGGCUCAUGCGCUGGUGGUCUUACUCACCUGCCUGGUCUUGCUAUGCCGGGCCCAGGAGAGGGACUACACGGUGAAGGAGGAGCAGCCGGAGAAUGUUCGCAUCGGAAACCUGCGCAAGGACCUGGACCUCAACCUCGACCCCAGCAUCAGGCUGUCCUCGCCGCUGCAGUUCAAGCCUGUGUACAAGACAGGCGACGUACCUUUGGUGCGGGUGGAGGCCAGCACGGGGGAGAUAUUCACCACUAAUCACCGCAUUGACCGGGAGAAGCUGUGCUCGGGGGUCUUCGCUGAGAAGCGCUGCUACUAUGAGAUUGAGGUGGCUGUGCUGCCCGAUGAGAUCUUCCGAUUGGUCAAGAUCCGCUUCCUGAUUGAGGAUGUCAACGACAACGCCCCCCUUUUCCAGUCCACUGUUAUAAACAUCUCCAUCCCAGAGAACACAGCCAUCAACACCCGAUACCCGGUGCCCUCAGCAUUUGACCCUGAUGUAGGAAUCAAUGGGAUCCAGCAUUACGAACUGGUCAAGAGUGUUAGCGAGUUUGGUCUAGACAUCAUCGAGACGCCUGAGGGUGACAAGUGGCCCCAGCUCAUCGUUCAGCAGAACCUGGAUCGUGAACAGAAAGACACCUUCGUCAUGAAGAUCAAGGUGGAGGAUGGUGGCAACCCUCCCAAGUCAAGCACUGCCAUCCUCCAGGUCACCAUCUCUGAUGUCAACGACAAUCGACCCAUCUUCAAGGACAGCGAGCUGGAGGUCAACGUGCCAGAGAAUGCACCCAUGGGCACAUCAGUCGCUCAGCUCCAUGCCACAGAUGCUGACUUGGGCUCCAACGCACAGAUCCAUUUUGCCUUCAGUAACCAAAUUUCUGCCUCCACCAAACGCCACUUUGCCAUCGACAGCUCUACAGGUCUGAUCACUGUCAAGCAGCCGCUGGACAGGGAGGUGACGCCGGUUCAUAAACUCAUCGUCCUGGCCAGCGAUGGGAGCUCCACCCCGUCCAGAGCUACUGUGAUUGUUAAUGUAACGGAUGUUAAUGACAAUGUGCCAUCCAUAGACACACGUUACAUAAUCAACCUUGUUAAUGGGACUGUUCUGCUGUCUGAGAACGCACCUCUCAAUACCAAAAUAGCCCUAAUUACAGUCACUGACAAGGAUGCAGAUCUUUAUGGCAAAGUAGCCUGCUACACUGACCAUGAUGUUCCCUUUCGGUUGAAGCCAGUCUUUAAUGACCAAUUCUUACUGGAGACGGCUGCCCCCCUAGACUAUGAGACGACUCGGGAAUAUGCAAUUAAGAUAGUAGCCUCGGAUAGGGGGACGCCUCCACUGAACACUUCAGCUAUGGUUUUAAUUAAAAUCAAGGAUGAGAACGACAAUGCACCCAUCUUCCCCCAGCCAGAAAUCCAGCUUUCCAUACCGGAGAACAAUGACCCCUCUACACAGUUGAUAAAAAUCAGUGCCACUGACGCAGACAGCGGACAUAAUGCUGAGAUUAUUUAUACUCUUGGCCCUGACGCGCCUGACGGUUUUAACAUAGACAGACGGUCAGGAAUCCUCUCAGUUGGCAAACGGCUGGACAGAGAAAAGCAGGAGAGGUACUCAUUCACUGUCAUAGCGAGGGACAAUGGCUCUAUGUCCCUGCAGAGCAAUGUCACUGUCAGGCUAAUCGUCCAGGACCUUAACGACAACAGCCCAGCUUUCACACACCCUGAGUACAACUUCUAUGUGCCUGAGAACCUGCCUCUCUAUGGAACUGUGGGCUUAAUCACCGUGACGGACGCAGAUGCGGGGGAUAAUGCCGUUAUAACCCUGUCCAUAUUGAACGGGAAAGACAAUUUCAUCAUUGAUCCCCAAACUGGUGUGAUCAAACCCAACAUCACCUUUGAUAGGGAGCAGCAAAGCUCUUACACAUUUAUGGUAAAGGCAGUUGAUGGAGGGCAACCUCCCAGCUCUUCUUAUGCCAAGGUCACGAUCAAUGUGGUCGAUGUGAAUGACAAUCGCCCUGUGUUCGUCAUCCCCUCCUCCAACUACUCGUAUGACCUAGUACAGACCACCACCACCCCUGGUGCUGUGGUCACCAGGGUGUUUGCCAUUGACAAUGACACGGGUAUGAAUGCUGAGCUGCAGUACAGCAUUAUCAGCAGCAUCAUCAUUACCUCUAGGGUCUCCCCUAGAGGUCUCUUCGCCAUAGACAAAACAACAGGUAACAUAACUCUGCAGGAGAAAAUACUGGCUGCUGAUCAGGGGCUACAUAGGUUGGUAAUCAAGGUCAAAGAUCUUGGCCAGCCUGAGUCAUUACACGCUAUUGCACUUAUUCACUUGUUUGUAAAUGACACUGUUUCAAAUGCUACCUUUAUCCAAGAACAGCUGCGAAAAAGCAUGGAGACACCCUUGGACCGUAACAUAGGGGAAAGUGAGGUAACACCUCAAGCCAAUGGAUAUGUGAUCGUUGUCAUAGCCAUCAUAGCAGGGACUAUGACUGUCAUAUUGGUGAUAUUUGUGACGGCCUUGGUGCGCUGCCGGCAGACGCCCAGGCACAAAGUGGUACAGAAGGGCAAGCAGAGUGGUGAGUGGGUGUCACCAAACCAAGAGAACCGUCAGAUCAAGAAGAAGAAGAAGAAAAAGAAGCGAUCCCCCAAGAGUCUCCUCCUGAACUUUGUGACCAUUGACGAAUCCAAGCCUGAUGACCCCACGCAUGAGCACAUUAAUGGUACCUUGGAUCUCCCUGUGGAGCUAGAGGAACAGACCAUGGGGAAGUACAACUGGGCCACUACGCCCACCACCUUCAAACCCGACAGUCCAGAUUUAGCCAAGCAUUACAAGUCUGCGUCCCCUCAGCCCACCUUUCAAAUCAAACCGGAGACCCCGGUGGCCCCAAAGAAACACCACGUGAUCCAGGAGCUCCCCUUGGACAACACGUUCGUGGUGGGCUGUGACUCACUCUCCAAGUGCUCCUCGACUAGCUCCGAUCCGUACAGUGUCUCAGAGUGCAGCUGUCAGGGGGGAUUCAAGACUGCGGGGCAAAUCACCACCCGACAGAAUCUGAACCAUACUCCGGAGAAGUCAUUCAACUCGCCGCCCCCCAUUUGUCCUCAUAAGGAGGCCUGUCAGCUUGGCAAGAUAACCUCUGUGAAUACCCAGCGCCGUGUGACGUUCCACCUCCCGGACGGCUCCCAGGAGAGCUGCAGCGACAGCGGACUGGGAGACCCAGAGCCCAGCAGCACAGCCAGCACCACCCAGCCUCUCCCCCUUGGCUUCCCUCAGGAGGAAUACUAUGAGCAAACAUCACCUAACAGCCGCACUGAAGGAGAUGGAAACUCUGACCCUGAAUCCACCAUUGAGGUGAACCUGCAGAAAGCCUUGGCUGAAGCCUCUGAGACCUGCACCCAGGAGUGCCUGAUCCUGGGCCACUCUGACAGCUGCUGGAUGCCCCCAGCCCUGGCCCAGUUCCAAGCUCCCGGCAGCAACAGCCCAACCUCCACCCCCACUACCACCAACAACACCGGUACCCUCCCCUCCUUUGGCUUCCAGCAGAGCUGGGCCCGGGGAGCCAAAGGUAACAUUGGCAGCAUGGGGGUCAUGGAUGGUCGUCACACUCUGGGCAGGUCCGUGCCCAAAAAAGACGAACUGGACAAAGGGAUCAAUCGGCCACAGUUCUACAACACCCUGGACAGACACUCUAGUAGUAAGAAAGAGGACCCCGUCAAGGUCAUCCCUCUGGCUAGCUUCUCCUCACCCGGGCAGCAGACACCCACCAGUGGGGGCAGCACCUCCUUCUUACAUGAGCACCAGUUGUAAGAGGAAAAGACAAAUCUUUAUUGGCCUGGCAUACACAAAACUCCAUCCAUAGAUGACUUUGUGUCAGUGACUUUCUGAAUAGUAUGUAUGCGUAUGCGUGGAGAUAUGCGUAACUUGACAAACUACGACCAGCUCCAUAAUUUUUGCAAAAGAGCAUCCAACAAUGGUUUCAAUCGCGCCGAUGUUGUUCAAAGAAAAACAUGUGGGAUCAAUGUGAAAAGUGAAUCACUUGAAGGGAAACGGAAGUCUUGACAUAGCAGACCCAUGUAUAAUAUAUAAAAGGUAGUUCUAUACCAAAGUAGUUCCAUCAUAGAAAAAAAAGAAGAAAAAAAAAACAAAAAACAAAACAAGAACCGUCAUUGCUUUCAGUUUGGUGAUGUUUGCUUAAUGAUGAGAAAGGGCAUUGUGUGCUUUAAGCUCAUUGGACGCAGCCCAGUGGAACUGUGUCCCUAAAAGAAAUUUCCUCGCGCAGAAACAAAUGCAAAUACAGUUUAUUGUGUUGAGUGAGCUAAAUUGGGCUAAAUGUUAAUUGUGAAUCCUGGGUGGAUGGUGUUUAUAUUCAAGUUCUGGUGAAGUAUUGCUUUGUAUAACAUGCAGCUCAAACUCCUUUUGGUGCUGGAGGAUGUCUCUUUUGUCUUGCUUGAACGUGUUUCAGAAGUCUAUUUUGGUCAGGGGACUGCAGAAGGAUAAAAAAGUCAACAGUGUAUAACUAGGCCAACAGUAGGUAGCACUGAUAGUUUGUUGCAUUCUAUGUUUUCACAGUAUACCCAUACACAAAAUAUAAUAGUAAAAAAAACAUGCACUUGCACACAAAGUGACGCACGUACCCUCACACAUUCACAAGAUGUUUUCCAUACGGUGGUUGCUCAGUCGCCACCUCCAUUAAGAUUUUGUUCAUUCCUAGCAUUAUGUCAUUAGCAUAGCCUUGAAAGGCUCAGACAGAUGCGCUUUGGAAACGAACCCUUUGUCUUCCCCUCUCUCUUCUUUUUUUUUAAUUUCUCACAUUCGCUGCUCACAAAC